CAGUCGAGCGGGUCAGUCGACGUUUGACAGCUCGUAUUUAGUUUCCGAGACGCGAUCGCAAGAAACAGCACGUCGAACACGAUUAUGGUAACAGUGAGUGAUUAUAUAUAUAAAUGCAGUGUCUGUGUUUAUGUGAUCGUUUAUGACUUCUUCGAAUCUCUGCACGAUGCGAGGUUAGUUUCGGAAGACAGCGCGAGAUGUCGCCAGCGUUCAGUUAGCGCCCGCUUUUACCGCGUUUUUUCCCGCUAUAUUGAAGAGAUAUUGCAAUUAUCAGGUGAACAUAGCUUGCAGUCCGUUCCAGUCAACUGUGUGUAUCGAUUGACAAUCCUAACCUGGAGGAGGCCUGGGAGACAUUCGGCGCCAGCCAAGCAACCUUGUGAUCGACGUAGCUUCGAUGAAGUCAAUUCCGCUGUUGUGCAUCGAUUGGUGAAUAAACUAUAUUUUAUUAUUUAGAGGUUUUGUAGAAAUUAGAGGAAUGUAGAUGAUUUAGAUUGUAGACUGUAAAUUGUAGAUCCGUUACCUUAAAUAAAUUAUGUAAUUAGAUUAGAAUUAAGAUGUUCGUUGGAAAACAUCAAUGA